AUGGUCGCAGGAAGCAUCCUCUGGCUCCUCGCUCUCUUCUCCACACAGAGAGGAGCUCUGGCCUUCGACAUGUUCUCCAGAAUGGAGAUGACAGAGGAAGCCAUCUUACAGACCACAGCAGACACCUGCAGGACUCUUGCUCAGCACACGGGAAAGGAAUUCGUUCUACCUGUAAGAUAUAUCAGUACCCCGACAUGCCGGGACUGUGAGGGCUAUGAUUGUGAGAACAACAUCCUAGACAGUGUUCUCCAGGAACAGAUGCUAACAUCUGGAUACUAUGGCUCCAGUAAACCAGAAGGAAAAUGUAAUCAUAAAGAACCACAAGGUGGAAUCAGCAAAGUUAGCCUGGAUUCCCAUCACGGACACCUUCACACAGAGGCUGCGGCCGUGGCCACAGCCGCCUCCGUAGACCUGCUACAGGACAUCCGGGGAGCAGCCGGGGACACUGGGUUUCUACGGCUAAUGAGGAUAGGCCAGUCCGACUCCCCACUCUGCUUUGUGAUCGACACCACUGGGAGCAUGGGUGAUGACAUCAGUAUAGUGAGUCAGACUGCCUCCAUGAUCAUUGACAGCAAGAGGAGGACUCCUGAUGAGCCACCUACAUACAUUCUGGUCCCAUUCAAUGACCCAGAUUUUGGACCUCUGUUUAUGACUACUGACGCAGAGGAAUUUAAGAGUCGCAUUGGUAACCUUUCGGCAGUUGGAGGUGGAGAUUACCCUGAAAUGUCUCUAUCAGCACUUGAGCUGGCCUUCACUGGCACGCCUUCCCACUCAGAAAUCUUUGUUUUUACGGAUGCUUCUGCCAAAGACAUUGCACUGAAGAAUACAGUCCUGGCCCUGAUAGAGUGGUCUAAAUCAACAGUCAAUUUCUUGCUGACCAAUUCCUUGGCAAUGCUAGGACGAAGGAGUGAUAAUGGGCAGCAACAGUCUCAAUACCCAGAUUUAACUUCGAGUGGGCAAGAGGAGUUUCCGUACCCACAUUUAUCCACUGAUGGGCAAGAACCGUUUCAAUACCAAGAUUUACCUAUCGAUGGGCAAGAGCCAUUUCAAUUCCCACAUUUACCUAUCGAUGGGCAAGAGCCAUUUCAGUACCAAGAUUUACCUAUCGAUGGGCAGGACCACCUUGACUACCCCGACUUAUCCAGGAGUAUUUCCAACCCUGUGAACCGGCACUACCAGGACCUGGCCCAGGCAUCUGGUGGACUCGCUAUAGAGGUCACCAAGGCAUUUCUGUCUCAGGCCACAAGCAUCCUUACUGAUGCAUCCAGCUCUGCUCUGGUGACUCUACUUCAAGUUUCGAGGGACCCAGGAAUGUCAGAGCAAUUAUCCUUCUUUGUAGAUAGCCCGUUAAGAAACCUUACCAUCUAUGUUACAGGACAGUCUCUUGCAUUUACCAUCACUAGUGCAACAGGUGCCGUUCAGACCGACACUGAAGAAACAGGUGCACUGGGUAUCAUCAAUAGGGUGGGAAAUUUCUACACAGUCUACAUCAACACGCAUGUCCAAAAGGGAUUGUGGUUCAUCAAUGUACUUUCCAUACAACCCUACACAGUGAAAGUUGUUGGUAAGACCACAAUUUUAUCAUGA